AUGACCUCCAAAUCUUCAGCCGUAGAGCCUGAUGCCAUGAAAGAACCCCACAAGUCUGAUCCUCAAGGUUCGGGGCUUGCUCGCUACUCAAAGGAAGAGGUUGAGGAUGCCUUGCGCGGCAGAAAGCGUGGUCCGAAGCCCGGGGCGACAGCUGGCGUCAAACGAAAGGCCAGCGAUGAAUAUUCCAAUGAUCCAAGCGCCGUGAAAACACGAAAAAGAAAGGCCGGCAUGAGUGACAUCGAGCGUCAAAUUGAGCUCGCCAAGAGCAGAGAUUAUAUGGCAGUCCGACGAAGGAAGGCAAAGAUCGUGGCCUCUCCGCAAUAUCAGAAGUUGUCGGCAGAGGAAAAGGAGGCUAAGUUGAAGGAUGCGACGACUGAGUUGAUGUCACAAAGAUUCAGAGAUGAAACAUCAGUCGCGGCAGUGGCACUGGGCUUUCUCGAACCUGACAAGCGUCAAGCUAUCAUAGCUGCUGCUGCUACUACGACCAGAGGUGUACAGAUCGAGAAGUGCCUUCAAGCAGGUAUAGAUGGCUUGAAAGCGCUUUUACAACCGGAUCAGGGAACCCGAGAAUCAACCGACUUGGAAGGCCGACCCCAAUGA